UCGCACCGGAGCGCUACUUGUAGUUUCAGACCCUGGACCGCGCAGCAGCGAAGCAGAUGCCUGUGAGGCGUCCUGGGCGGUGACCCGGAGCCGAGAGCAUCACCCCGCCCCGCAUCCUUCCUCCCUCUGUUUUCUUUUACACCCCUCCCUCCAGUCGGCGACGACUGGCUCUUGGCUCGGUUCAGGUGAGGAGCUGUGCCGCCGCGGCCGAGCUGGGCGCCCCGAAAUGGCCGCUGGCUUGAGCUGUCUAAAAUGGCGGUCUGGCUCAGCCGAGGACCGCGGCGCUGUCCGCAGCCCCGCCGCGCCCUGGACCGUUGGCUGAUGGAGAUGAAGUCGAAAGGUGUCGGGUGCAGACAACACGGGGAGCGAGAGGAGUCCUGAGGCGAGGGUGGGCUGCGACGGGAAACGAGCCCCCGAGAUGUGGCGACCCCGAGUCACUGAAGGAUGGGCGCGCGGGCCGCAGGUGGAGGUGACCCAGGAACACACACAGAUCGUUUUAGUGCUUGGAGAGAGAGAAGAGAAACCAUGAACUUACAAGUAGUGGGCACGUGGGCUGUGCAGUCAAACUCUUGGUGCUCUGUUCUUGAGUCUUCACUAAGGUGUUGACUAAAAUGCAUUGACUUAGCAGGUAACAACAUCUUUGUGUCUUUCUCUAAAGUGCAGUCAAUAAUCUCAGAUUCUUGAACAUUAGAUGAAUUAAUAAAACAGCAGAUAGUAAACAAUAGUUAGUAAAUGCCGUCAAAGGAGACUGAUUAGUGAAGGGACAAAAUUGGUUAUCCCAAUCGUAUCAUAUAAUACAUGUAUAGUUUCAUUUUAGAUUCAGUGCUUAGCGUCAGAGACUGAUAGGGGGCUGUACUUUUUAAAAAAUAGGUUUAGUUUUGAGUUUUCAUAUUUCUAUGAAGUCAGUGGAUAAGGAAGCAUUUCGCAGUAGUGGUAUGGCCAGGAUAUUAAGUGGGAGGAAAAUACCUGUGUUUUUCCUUUACUGGAUGCUAGACAUUCUCUGUUUCUAAGAGCUUCACUGUAGUGAAGAGACAUUUGUACUGUCUGUAUCUAAAAUAUAGAUGGGCAUCCGCUUGUUGCAAUGUCUAAUUGUAAUUUUUCUCAUUCUAGGCUUUCGGUUAUUCCCCUUCCCACCCAGUCCCUUAAUGUUAUUCUUUUGAAGAGUCUACAUGUCAAGCUGCUAAGCUGGAGACAGUGCUUGCAGAAAGACAUACACAUCAUUUCAGUUCUUAUUUUUAUGUGAUAAUCUACCCUUAAGAAAGGUGUGCCAUACCUGAAAGCACCAGGAAGUCACGUGAGAGAGCACCUGAUAAAAGAACUGAUGUUCACCCUGCACUGAUGCGCAGGCAACAUUUGCAUAUCAACUGAUGUCUUGCUAUACAUCAUCUCAACUCUCCUCUGUUUCCUGUCUUGUAACGCAACACAUUUGUGAUAUUCAGUGUUAGGUAUAAAGUAACCAUGUUUUGUACCACAAAUUCAUUGCCCAUGGAUCUUUUGCUGAAACAAGGAAGUCUUAAACAAGAAGUAGAAUCAUUCUGUUACGAAAUUGUAUCUGAAUCAAACAAUCACAAGGUUGGAAUAUUACAAAGUGAAGAUGACCAGGUACAGCCUUCAGUUCCUGAAAAAUCAGAAGGUGAGCUUGCCAGGGUAAGAUUUAUGUCUAAUUCCAGUAAAAUAGCUACAUUUAGUAAGAGACCAAAAAGAAGAAAAUAUGAUGAAAGUUAUCUGUCUUUUGGAUUUACUUACUUUGGAAAUAGAGAUGCACCUCAUGCUCAGUGUGUAUUAUGUAAGAAAAUUUUAUCAAAUAGUUCUUUAGCCCCCAGUAAGCUUCGAAGGCAUUUGGAAACUAAGCAUGCUGCAUAUAGAGACAAAGACAUCAGCUUUUUCAAGCAGCAUCUGGAUUCACCUGAACAUAAUAAGCCUCCGGCACCUAAAAUUGUCAAUACAGAUAAUGAAAGUGCCACGGAAGCAUCAUACAAUGUAAGUUACCAUAUAGCCCUAAGUGGAGAGGCUCACACUAUUGGAGAAUUGCUUAUCAAACCUUGUGCAAAGGAUGUAGUGAUGCGGAUGUUUGAUGAACAAUAUAGUAAAAAAAUAGAUGCAGUACAACUCUCGAACAGUACAGUUGCACGUCGAAUUAAAGACCUAGCUGCUGACAUUGAAGAGGAGCUUGUGUGUAGACUGAAAAUUUGUGAUGCAUUUUCAUUGCAACUAGAUGAAUCCGCUGAUGUUUCAGGACUUGCUGUACUGCUUGUAUUUGUUCGUUAUAGGUUUAAUAAGUCUAUUGAGGAAGACCUACUUUUGUGUGAAUCUCUGCAGAGUAAUGCUACUGGUGAAGAAAUCUUCAACUGCAUUAACAGUUUUAUGCAGAAACAUGAAAUUGAGUGGAAAAGAUGUGUUGAUGUGUGCAGUGAUGCUUCUAGGGCAGUGGAUGGAAAAAUUGCCGAGGCUGUCACCUUGAUGAAGUACAUGGCUCCGGAAAGCACCAAUAGUCACUGCUUGUUGUACCGACAUGCACUAGCUAUGAACAUCAUGCCCAUGUCGCUGAAGAAUGUGCUAGAUCAAGCAGUACAGAUAGUCAAUUACAUUAAAGCUCGACCACAUCAAUCUCAACUACUAAAAAUUUUAUGUGAAGAAAUGGGUGCUCAGCACACAGCACUUCUUCUAAAUACAGAAGUGAGGUGGCUUUCCCGAGGUAAAGUUCUUGUAAGACUUUUUGAGCUUCGGCGUGAACUGUUGGUUUUCAUGGAUUCUGCUUUUCGACUGUCUGAUUGUUUAACAAAUUCUUCUUGGCUGCUAAGACUUGCAUAUCUUGCUGACAUUUUUACUAAAUUAAAUGAAAUCAAUCUGUCAAUGCAAGGAAAAAAUGUUACAGUGUUUACAGUGUUUGAUAAAAUGUCAUCACUGUUAAGAAAAUUGGAGUUUUGGGCUUCAUCUGUAGAAGAAGAAAACUUUGAUUGUUUUCCUACACUCAGUGACUUUUUGACUGAAAUUAAUUCUAUGGUUGAUAAAGACAUUUGUACUGCUAUCAUACAGCAUCUGAGGGGUUUGCGCACCACUCUUCUAAAAUACUUUCCUAUAACAAAUGACAAUAAUGCUUGGGUUAGAAAUCCAUUUACAGUAACAGUUAAACCAGCCUCAUUAGUCGCACAGGACUAUGAAAGCCUGAUUGACUUAACAUCUGAUUCCCAAGUGAAACAGAGUUUUAGUGAACUUUCAUUAACUGACUUUUGGAGUGGCCUAAUUCAAGAAUACCCAAGCAUUGCAAGGCGUGCAGUCCGUGUGCUUCUUCCCUUUGCUACAAUGCACCUGUGUGAAACAGGGUUUUCCUAUUAUGCUGCAACAAAAACCAAAUACAGGAAAAGACUUGAUGCUGCACCUCAUAUGCGGAUCCGAUUAAGCAACAUUACACCUAAUAUUAAACGGAUAUGUGAUAAAAAGACACAAAAACACUGCUCUCAUUAAAAUGGAAGUGUUCUGCAUGCCUCUUGGUAACUGUACAAUGAAAAUAAAAGAUAAUUUACUUCA